UCUUAUCUCCUGAUAAGACAUCGUGUGGAGUCACUCUGUACAUGCUCAGUUUGGUGUGUAUUGCUGGAGAGGGUUUUUUCUUCUUGGGAGAGUACUUUGAAUGCAGGGACCGGGGAGACCAGAUAUAGUGAAUGCAGGGACCGGGGAGACCAGAUAUAGUGAAUGCAGGGUCCGGGGAGACCAGAUAUAGUGAAUGCAGGGUCUGGGGAGACCAGAUAUAGUGAAUGCAGGGUCCGGGGAGACCAGAUAUAGUGAAUGCAGGGUCCGGGGAGACCAGAUAUAGUGAAUGCAGGGUCCGGGGAGACCAGAUAUAGUGAAUGCAGGGUCUGGGGAGACCA